AUGUCUCAAUCACUGCGGCCAUACCUCCAAUGCAUUCGGUCGUCUCUUCAGGCCGCCCUUGCCAUCUCGAACUUCGCUUCUCAGACGUCGGAACGACACAAUGUCCCGGAAAUUGAGGCCGCCAGCUCCCCAGAGCUGCUGCUUAACCCAUUGACUAUCUCGCGCAAUGAACACGAGAAGCUACUUAUCGAACCUAGCGUCAACAGUGUCCGAGUUAGCAUCCGGAUAAAGCAGGCAGACGAGAUUGAGCACAUCCUGGUCCACAAGUUCACUCGGUUCUUGACGCAGCGCGCCGAAUCGUUCUUUAUCUUGCGAAGGAAGCCAGUCAAGGGCUAUGAUAUCUCGUUUCUAAUUACCAACUUCCACACCGAGGCGAUGCUCAAACACAAGCUCGUCGAUUUUAUUAUACAGUUCAUGGAGGAAGUGGACAAGGAGAUUUCGGAAAUGAAGCUUUUCUUGAAUGCCCGUGCUCGAUUUGUUGCGGAAUCCUUUUUGACACCGUUUGAUUAA